AUUUAUGAUCCGCUUUAGUCGAUUAUUGUUUGUCCUAGUUAUGUAUGUAUGUAUCGUCUUCGCAGGAUCUGUCGGAUUGAUCUGAACUUCAAACAGUGCGCGGUCUUCGCCUUGCUGUUAUCAAUACGAUGCACGUCCUCUUUCUCACCGGCACCUUGUCCUUGAGCUUCGGGGAGCUCGGCCUGGAUGAUGUCGCACGCAGUCUGUUGGGGUCCCGUGCGCGAGGAGAUGUGUCUCCGCGACGUCGCGGAUGUCUGCAUAGUCAGCAAAAUCAGCCGAUGGCAUAUCGGUUAGAGAGUGAUCCUCCGCCUGGAGGACAAAGGGACUGGCCGAAUAGACGAUUUCAUUGACACCCUGCACAGCCUCAUCGAAGGCGGGCGGGUGUUACAUAUCAGGCGCUACGACGACGAAGGUGAGCUUGUCACGAUCCU